AGGAGGAACUGGCUGCUGCUGGUUCUAGCACACGCAUACACACUCACAUAAAUAGCAGACGGAGAGGAGGAAAACACAAAGAGCAGCUCUGCCCAGUUCACAGCUGAAGACGAACGGAGUCAGGUCUCAUAGAAGAGGAGCUUGGACGGCAUGCAAAGUUGUGAAAUAUCUUCAGACAGCACAGAUGAUCCUCUUAGUAGCGGCUUACGCAGGCAUCAACAACCGCGAAUAGUAGUGAUCGGUGCGGGCUUGGCCGGCCUAGCAGCCACCAAAAGCCUUUUGGAAAACGGCUUCACCAAUGUCACAGUGCUAGAGGCCUCGGACCACAUCGGAGGCAGAGUGCUAAGUGUUCAGUUCGGUAAAGCCACUUUGGAGCUAGGAGCCACCUGGAUCCAUGGCGCUAACGGGAACCCCGUGUACCACCUGGCUGAGGACAAUGGGCUGCUGGAGCACACCACGGAGGAGGAGUGUAGCGUGGGCCGCAUCAGCCUCUAUGCCAAGAACGGCGUGGCCCACUACCAGACCAACAGCGGAAAGCGCAUCCCUAAGGACCUGGUGGAAGAGUUCAGUGACCUGUACAACGAGGUGUAUGAGUUGACUCAGGAGUUUUUCCAAAAUGGAAAACCAGUGGGUGCCGAGAGUAAGAACAGCGUGGGGAUCUUCACGCGGGAUCUGGUGCGGAAAAAGAUCAUGCUGGACCCCGAUGACUCAGAGAGCACCAAGAAGCUUAAGCUGUCCAUGCUGCAGCAGUACCUCAAGGUGGAGAGCUGUGAGAGCAGUUCCCCCAACAUGGAUGAGGUGUCUCUAAGUGAAUUCGGAGAAUGGACGGAGAUUCCUGGUGCCCAUCACGUGAUCCCGGCCGGCUUUAUCAAAGUCGUGGAGCUGUUGGCCCAGGACAUCCCGGCCCGCGUGCUGCAUCUGAGCAAACCCGUCCACCGCAUCCACUGGAACUACAGCUGUCCUGAGGCCGAAGACAACGCCGGCGGGGCUGACCACAACCAGGACCAGCGCCCGGGGCCGGCUCCGGUGCGCGUGGAGUGUGAGGACGGCGAAUUGCUGCCCGCUGACCAUGUGAUCGUGACUGCCUCGCUGGGUGUGCUCAAGAAGGCCCAUGAGACGUUGUUCUCGCCAGGCCUGCCCCUGGACAAGGCACUGGCUGUGCAGAAGCUGGGCAUCAGCACCACGGACAAGAUCUUCCUGGAGUUCGCUGAGCCCUUCUGGAGCCCCGAGUGCAACAGCAUCCAGUUUGUGUGGGAGGACGAGGCACAGCUGGAAAGCCCAGCCUACCCGAAUGAGCUCUGGUACCGCAAGAUCUGCAGCUUCGAUGUGCUCUAUCCGCCUGAGCGCUACGGCCACAUGCUGAGCGGCUGGAUCUGCGGUGACGAGGCACUGCUCAUGGAGCGCUGCGACGAUGAGACCGUGGCUGAGAUCUGCACCGAGCUGCUCCGCAAGUUCACAGGGAACCAGAACAUUCCGAAGCCACGGAGGAUCCUGCGCUCGGCAUGGGGCAGUAACCCCUACAUCAGGGGCUCGUACUCUUUCACCCGCGUGGGCUCCAGUGGAGGAGACGUGGAGCGGCUGGCUGAGCCCCUGCCCUACACCAAGAGCACCAAGGCUCCACCUUUACAGGUGCUGUUUGCUGGCGAAGCCACACACAGGAAAUACUAUUCCACUACUCAUGGUGCUUUGCUUUCAGGUCAGAGGGAGGCAAACCGGCUGAUUGAGCUGUACCAUGACCUCUUCAAUGCAGAAACCACAAAGCCUAACAUGUAAAACAAAAAAUUUAAAAUAAAAAUGAAAGAACCACUAACUAGUGAUAAAAGUCUGUGUUUUAUGCUAUCUGUAUUCUAAAUGAUUAAACGUAUGAAAAACUAGUAGGGGCAUUACACCAAUAACUAAAAAAAGAAAUCUGUUUUUACUGUAUGUAGAUUAUUUAGAUAUCACUUGAGAUGUACUGUACAAGGCUGCGAAGUGUGCAGCCAUCUCUUGUUCUUAUCUUUCUCUGAUUGUUUGUUUUUUUUAAUCAAUAAGUUAUAUGUUUAUAACACGUCUGUAAUUUAACUUUUUGUAAGUGCCUUCUGUAUUUAAUGGUGACAUUUAAAAAUGAAACAAAAACAAGUGUCAAUGAAUAAAGUGUAUAUUAAUGUGAAAAAGAA